AUGAAAGCAUCAAUCUGCGCCGUUGCCGCGGCCUGCGCCGGCUUAGCGGCCGCCACUCCUUUUGACAAGCGUGCAUUGGUCACCACCUACGAGUGGGUGACCUUGACUGUCACCGUCACUGGUUCUGAGCCAGCGGAGACAGCCGGUGCCUUUUUUCAAUCCAAUGCAGGUUCUCUUGUCCGAUCCGAUACACCUGCAUCUUCUGUUCAAGCCGCCGUCUCUGCAGAAGCUACUGUUACUUCCUGGGGAUCAGGCUCAUGGGGAACAGGCUCUCACCGAUCGGGCUGGGGCUCAGGUUCUGGUUCUGGUUCUGGUUCCGGCUCUGGUUGGUGGGGUGCAUGGCGAUGGUGGAACUCUGGCAGUGAUGGCAGUGGUACUGCGGUUGCAACAACAUGGGACAGUCAGACAGCGAUUGCGACAAUCACUCAGACCCAGACGCCUGCUGUUUCAACCAUUCAACCAACGACUACGUCUGUCGUGAUCCCUACCUAUGCCACUCCAUCCUCCUCAUCCUCCGCAUCAGCUGUUGUAUCUACUCCCAGUGCCCGCGCAAGUGCCACUGCCAGUUCCAUUUCUACCCCCAGCUCGUCGACUUCAUCGGCUCUUUCGGUCUCUACCUCGGUCUCCUCGGAUUAUCAGCAAGGAAUUCUGGACUCUCACAAUAUCCAUCGCCAAAACGCCUCCGUCGCCAACCUGGUCUGGAGCGAUAACAUGGCUUCCAUUGCUGCUCAGAUCGCAGCCAGCUGUGUCUAUGCCCACGACACCUCCACUGGUGGUGGCGGCUAUGGCCAGAAUAUUGGCGCCGGUGCUCCUCCGUCCGACAUCCCUGCCAUGAUCACCAACGAGAUGUACAAUGGAGAGAUCAACUACUACCCCGCCUAUGGUGUUGAACCAGACAUGAGCAACUUUGAGAAGUGGGGUCAUUACUCGCAGAUUGUCUGGAAAUCCACCACCUCCGUGGGAUGCGCAACCCAAUACUGUCCCAAUGGCCUGGCCAACGUUGGGAGUGGUGUCAGCCCAUACUUUACCGUUUGUAACUACAGCCCCGCUGGGAACUUUGGCGGCCAAUAUGCUGCGAACGUGCUCAAACCGAAGGGCUUGCCCACUGUGACUCUUUAA